UUGCUAUUCGGGAACAUCGAAUUCGAGUACGAAAUUCGGGCGUCCUCUAAGCUCGUGUCUUCGAUAAUGUGCCUCAGUCGACAAUUAGGCGUUUGCUUGUGCGUAUCCGCAAAGCACUAAUUGACAUUUCGCUGUGUGGUGUUAGUGUAACUGGUGUUAAUGGUGGGCAGCUUGUAACGCCCGUGCCUAUAACGACUGUAUCUGAUGCGAUGGGCAGAUGUGCGCCCUGAGGAACCCCGUCGUGUUUCGAAACACCGGCCCCUCGUCCCCGUAUCCGGAGUCCCUCAGGCGAACACUGCCAGAAGACUGCCUGCAACAGCAGCAGCAAACACAAUACCAAUCGCAGCGGCAGCUGCAGCUGCACCGGCCAUCUCUAGUCAGCCUGUUCUCAGCUUCGCCAACGGGGCUGGUGGUGGGCCCAGUUCGAGGCAGUUAGAAAUGUCGUGCGUGCGCUGCCGCGGCGAAAAGGAGCCGCUCGAACUCCGCGGUACGCCAGUUGACGCGUGUCAGCUAUGCGGAGGAUUCUACGCCACACGAUCAUCGAUGAGCCCUCUUUGUCUUGCAUGCCACAGUUUCCUGUACCCGUUGCUAGGGUGGUGCGAGCUUGCGCGCGACGUAAGGCGCGCGGACGCGCCAGCUAAGAGCGACAGCGAAGACAGCGGAACUGAAGAGCCACAAGAUUUUUAUGAAACUCUUCGGCCACCGCCAUCGAAAAAGCUGCUGAAACCCCAACCUGAAACACGACGAAAUCCCGAACAGCUGAAUGAGGUGCUUCACGCGCUAAGUCAUGCACGACCGCCUGAGGAACGGCUCAAAGAAGGUGUCAUCGAAAGCCUUCCUGAAGAGGUUCUCCUAGCCAUAUUCUCGUACCUGGACGAUAUUUCGCUUUGGAGCGUUACGCAGGUGUGCGAACGCUGGCGGGACAUUCUGGAACGACACCUAUCGGAGACUCGCUGGCGAAAACUUACCCUCAAACGGUGGCCUUUGCUAGGUAGCUCAUUGCAAGCACCGCCGCGCAGCUGGCGACAGCUGUUUUCGAAUCUCGUUCUUAGUUCGAGCUGUCUACUGUGUCUAUCGCAAAGUGGGGAGCGACUGCGGUAUGCCCGGGCCCAUUAUUUUCUACACCAAAAAACACCAUCUCGCUCUGGGGCUGGUCCCGCCGGAAUGGGCGCUGCAGGUUCCGGUUCGGGUGCGCGAAAUCCUGACGUUUCCUACAUAUGUCGGGAUUCGCGUAUUGGCCAUGAGAUGACGUUGUUGAAAGCCGACCCUCUUGAUGGUGUGCAAUUGAAGCCAGUUGACCAUAUCGUAUAUGGUGAAUGGCAUGCAUGUAUAGCUGGACCAGCUGGAUCGCCGUACGAGGGUGGUCUAUUUUACCUCACAGUGAGCGUAUCAUGUCGUUAUCCAAUGGACCCGCCGGUGGUUCGGUUCCUCACGAAGAUUUUCCAUCCGAAUGUCAGUCGACACGGAGACAUUGGAUUGGACUCGCUUCAGCACAACUGGUCCUUGGCACUUACCCUGCCGAAGAUUUUGCUCAGCAUUCAAUCUCUGCUCACCGAUCCAUAUACACGGGUGUGUAUGGAGCCAAAAAUCGGCCAGAUGUAUCGAGACAACUAUUCUUUGUAUGAGCAUACGGCGCGUCUUUGGACGAUGCUCUAUGCGAAGCACCAUCUACCUUUGACGUUGAAAACAUGAGCUUGUGUUUGUGAUUUCGAUAGGUGAAUGGACGGCUUAUUGAACGGUACAGUUUGACCGUUCAGGCCAGCCAGUGUUACCGACUCGGAUCGCCUGUUAGAGGAACAACUCAUUAGGCGAAUAUACCUUCCGAUGCUUUUAGUUUCCUGAACGUGAACGGCAUGAAAGACGAAGUUUGGGGCUCAUUUGUACAGUGUUGGUGAUUAUGCCUUGUUGUACACUUAGGUAAAUAUACACACACAGACAGACAAAACACAAUCAUUAGAUGACAUAUUUCACUUUGUUAAACAAUCCAUUCUCGGUGAAUUAAGAGCUUGGAGAAUGGCGUUCAUGACAAUAUUUGUUAAUUCGCUUUCGUACGCAUGAUCGCGAUAUAUUUUGUCUGCCGUCAAUGAUAAUUUAAUAGAUUAUAUAUUAAGUAGUAAAUAUGUGUGAAGGUAAAAGAAGGAAGCAGGAACUUUUUUCUUGGUGGUAAGCUAUUCAUGCCAAAUCGGAAAGCAAACUCUGUACAAUAGUUACACGUUUGUACGAAGACCUCGCCGAAUGCAAACUUGCUAUCUUUAGCCUGCGUAGCAACUUUUUUCUCAAACAUGAAGGUGAUACGAAGUAAUCAAUUGUCUUUAACGUGGUCAUUCAGUACGACGGUUUAUAAGCCUUUCCAAUUCAGCUUCAGCUUUUGUCAGGAGUGGAAACGCAAUGCAACACCAUAGGCCCUAAAGAUGUUGCUGAGGUGAAUGUAUAGGACCGUAAUCACGAUAUCAAGCUUGUAUUAUGCAAUUCAUUGAUGAAUGCGCAAAGAAAGACCCGAUCUGAUCUAUAGACAGAAAUGACAAAAUCUGGUCAGGAGAUAGCAGCCUACUGAGAACGCAGCCUAAGAGCUAAAGAUAACAAAAGAGUCUGUUCUUGUAUUUUAUUAUGGACAGAAACAACCACACCGACAAGCCUACAUACACGACGACACACGAUAGUCAUGUUAAUGCGCACAGAUGUGGCGCCGCAGCAGAAAUGUAAAUUAGUAUAUAUAUAUAUACAUAUAUAUAUAUAUAUAUAUAUAUAUACUAUAUUGACCACGUGUGAAAUAAAACGUAAAAAACUGUGCGCUGAAAAGUAACGGACAGGUGGCUACGAAUUCAUUCACACAGAGAUGAAAAUAUGCUAUCAUAUGCGGUCGCUAGAUAUAUAGUUCUAUCAUAGUUGAUCACGAUGAGAUCCAUGUGUAUGUCGAAUGUGUAUAUAUAUACACCCAUCAGUCAUCAUAAACUACAGAAUAAGUUGAGGAAAUCAGAAGAAAAAAAGACCGAUAACGCUGAUAUAGAGAUAUCCCAUGAAUUACGUAUUGUACAAGAGUGAUAUAUAAAUGGAUGAAUGAAUCCGCGAGUGAUUAGAGUCGAACCCUGCGUUUCGCCUCUUUCUAGACUCUCCUUCAAACGGCUGUGAAAAAAAGUGAUGUGUGUAACUAAGGGCUUUUAUGUAGCAAAACAAAUGUGGAGAAAACUACAUCUGUAUUACAACUAUUUCAUGCUAACAAACUGUAAUGACAUUCGGGACAAAAAACAGUGGACAUAUUUAAUACCAUUUAGCAAGAGAAUAAAUAUCAAAGAAUUCAUAGGCUGGCUGGCGUAGUCCAAUACUUCGAAAC